UGCUUUACAUUCUCUCUCUGUCUCUGCUCCAUGGAGGGUUUUGCGAAGGUUUAACACAGAACAGAACGCAAACGAAAGCUCCUCAAUUCAACAUGAGAAAAUUAUGUAAUUCGAUCCUUCUCCUCGCUCGUCGCAGAUCAAGUUCUUUCUCUUCCAAAUCGUACAGUUCCGAUGCACCCUUUAACCGCUGCAUCAAAACCCACGCAUUACUUACCCGACCCAACAAGUUUGUGGGCGCCCCAUUUCGAAACAUGGACACCCUCGUCCAUAAACCCACUCCAAUCCCCUCUAGACAUCGCAAAAUCAAGGAAAAAUCUCAACUUGAAGAAGCUUUUGAGUCUUCAGAAACCACUGAGGAAAUGCUCAAAGCAUUCAGUGCCAUGGAAGAGGUUUUUGAUGAGAGAGAGCUUGGUUUGGCUUCUUUGAAAAUUGGCCUCAAACUUGAUCACGAAGGUGAGGACCCUGAAAAAGCUCUUUCCUUCGCUAACAGAGCUUUGAAAGCCUUGGAUAAAGAUAACAACCUUUCUUUGCCUGUUGCCAUGACUUUGCAGUUGUUGGGGUCUGUUAAUUAUAGCUUGAAAAGGUUUAGUGAUAGUUUAGGGUACCUUAAUAGGGCUAAUAGGAUUUUGGGUAGGUUGCAGGGUGAGGGUGUUAGUGUUGAUGAUGUUAGGCCUGUGCUUCAUGCUGUGCAGCUUGAGUUGGCGAAUGUUAAGACCGCCAUGGGGCGGAGGGAAGAGGCGCUUGAGAAUCUUAAGAAGUGUUUGGAGAUCAAAGAGAUGACUUUUGAGGAAGGGAGUGAAGAAUUGGGUAAAGCAAAUCGUGACUUGGCCGAAGCUUAUGUUGCGGUUUUGAACUUUAAGGAGGCACUGCCGUAUUGUUUGAAGGCAUUGGAGAUACAUGUGAAACAGUUGGGGCAGAAUUCUGUGGAGGUUGCUCAUGAUAGGAAGCUUCUUGGGAUUGUGUACAGUGGGUUGGAGGAACAUGAGAAGGCCCUCGAGCAGAAUGUUUUGGCGCAGAGGAUUUUGAAGAAUUGGAAUCUUAAUUCGGAUUUGUUGCGGACUGAAAUUGAUGCUGCGAAUAUGAUGAUUGCUUUGGGAAGAUAUGAUGAGGCUGUUGGUACUUUGAAGAAUGUUGUGCUGCAGACAGAAAAGGACAGUGAGACUCGAGCACUUGUGCUCAUAUCGAUGGCCAAGGCAUUAUGCUAUCAGGAGAAGUUUGCAGAGUGCAAAAGGUGUUUAGAGAUUUCUCUUGGGAUUCUUGACAAGAGAGAACAGAUAUCCCCUGUGGAAGUUGCUGAGGCAUACUCAGAGAUAUCGAUGCAAUAUGAAACCAUGAAUGAGUUUGAAACUGCAAUUUCGUUGUUGAAGAGGACGCUAGCUUUGCUCGAGAAGCUCCCACAAGAGCAGCACUCAGAGGGAAGUGUCUCUGCAAGAAUAGGUUGGUUACUAUUGUUGACGGGUAAGGUUCAGCAGGCCAUUCCUUAUUUGGAAAGUGCUGCUGAAAGAUUGAAAGAUAGCUUUGGUCCCAAGCAUUUUGGGGUGGGUUAUAUCUACAACAAUUUGGGGGCAGCAUAUUUAGAGUUGGAUAGACCCCAGUCAGCAGCGCAGAUGUUUGCAGUAGCAAAGGAUAUCAUGGAUGUGUCCCUUGGUCCACAUCAUGUGGAUACUAUUGAAGCAUGUCAGAACCUUUCAAAGGCUUAUGGUGAGAUGGGAAGUUAUGUCCUUGCAAUUGAGUUUCAACAGCAAGUUAUCGAUGCUUGGGAAAGCCAUGGAGCAAGUGCAGAAGAUGAACUUAGAGAAGCCCACCGACUUCUCGAACAAUUAAAGCAAAAAGCUCGUGGUGCCUCUGCGAAUGAGCUUCCUAUGAAGGCUUUACCCUUGCCACAUACACAUGCGGCAUCCAGAAGCUCCCAGCAUGACAUGCCAUUACGGCAAUCCCGAACAGUUUAGCAUACUUACCCUGUUGUUGCAAACUCUAAUGAAUAUCUAUGAUAUUGGUAAUUGGUCACCAAUUUUGUGGUUUCCUUACAUAUUUAUGUAGGUAAUACUGAAAAUAAGUUGUAGUUAAACCGCAAUCAUAUAUUUUGGGUUUGUCAUUGUAUUAUUCAGAUUUCAUUUUUCCUUUAAUUUCUAAAUCAGAACUCAGUGGUUUGUCGUAAUUCAAUAAUUUCGAAUUUCCUCUUCAGAUAGUGUAAUACUUUCCCUAUUUGUUUUCUAACCUUGUUGCAAGCAACCCCCACUUAUGCGAUGGUGGAAAUUCUUCAAUUUUACAUUAUUAGAGUUGCUUAUCUUCACCUUGCAAUUUGUGAACUGAAAUGGAUUAGCCUUUGAAGAUAGCAUUUGAAAUUGAUUUAUGAUU